GAGGAAGCCCACCACCACACAAACCCACCAACAUACAUGCAUACAUAGCUCUGCUCAACCCCCAAAGACACACACACACACACACACACAGAGAGAGAGAGAGAGAGGUAAUUGUUGUGUAAUGGAUAAAAGCUGUCAAUCCUCUGCAGACUCUACUACUACUAGUAGUGGAAUAACCACAACCUCUGCCAGCAAUAGCAAUAGCAGCAGAGAUCACUAUCUCAGGCACCUCAACAAGCUUUCCCAAAAGAUCUCAAAGCCAAUAAUUAAAAACACUUCUCAGGCCCAGCCACAACAGAACCCUCCAACCUCCUCCUUUAACAAUCAGGUGCAGCCGCAACCCCAGCAGAACCUACAACACCAGCCACCGGUUUACAACAUAAACAAGAACGAGUUCAGGGACGUCGUUCAGAAGCUAACUGGCUCACCUGCACACGACCGCAUCUCAACACCUCCUCCCAUUCAACAACCCAAACCACCAAGCUCUCGCCUUCAGCGUAUUCGUCCUCCUCCGUUGCCUCAAAUCACUAACCGUCCUCCACCGCUUCUUAACCCUAAUAUUCCUCAACCCUCUAACGUUAACGCCGUUUCAUUUUCCACCUUUCCAAGACCCGCUGCGCCGUUAUCUCCUCUUCCGCCGUUUCCCUCCGUUCACGCGCCUGCUGAGUCGCCUAUCUCUGCGUACAUGCGCGAUCUGCACAAUCUUGUCACCAACGUCGACUCCAAGCAGUUUUCGGGGUUUUCUCCUUUAGUUUCUCAGCCCCAGCAAGGGAUGGUUCCUUCGCAGGCGCCGCCGCCGCCGCCGCCGGUGGUGCCGUCGCAGUCGAUGUUUCAGAUGCCGUCUUCGCCGGUGCCUUUCGGGUGUUUGAAUUCCCAGCUCUCGUCUUACCCUCUGCUGUCGCCGGGUCUUCUGUUUUCCCCAACUUCGGGUCAAUUAGGGUUUCCUCCGUUUCCCCUUUCUCCCACCGUGCCCGUGCCUAGCCCUCGAUGGAGAGGGAAUUGACUUUGAUGUUGUCGGAAGGGUGAGGUAAGGGUGGUCGCAGUGAUGGUAUUUUAGGUCUGGGUUGUUUGCGUUACGUGUACAUGGUUUUAGGUGGUGGCCGGUGGUUGGGGAGUGGGGAUUUAUUCAAUUUGUAAAUGGGAUAUCAGAAAAGGAACAAUUUUGCUUUUGUUGCUGCUCUUUUCGGAUAUUUGGUGGUUGCAAAACAAGAAAUUAGAUGUCAUACAGUUAUAGUUGGAUUAUGCUGUUUUUAAUAUUAAAAAAAAAAAGGUUUAUUGCCUUCUUCAUUUCUUUCUCUAAUCAUGUGUUAUUGUCUUGGUCAUGUUGAUAUUUUCCAUUUAUUUCUUUAGCAUUUGUGAGACAUGCUGGUUGGUUAAGUUUUGAAAGUUGAAUUAAUUGAAGAUGAUGGUCCCCUCACGUUCUUUUUUGAGGGACUGUGGCUGCCACCUCUUUGAUGCCUACUUAGGCUUAAAGGGGAAACACAUGACUGGUUAAAUUAAAAACGCGUGUGUUAUUCAAUGAUGGUGUGGACUACUAGCAUUCCUUGGAAAGGUUCCGGCGAGGAAUUUUUGUUCCGUAAGAGACUCUGGUUGUCUUUUAUUGAUUUUUCAGCUGGUGCCAACAUCCAUCCCCUCAUACCAGGUUGUAAUUUUUCUGCUACGUUUGCAUGAUAGCUGACGUUGUUAUAGAACAUCAUAGUAAUUUUGCCUCAAAAUGUACCUCAACUUUUUUUUUUUUUUUUUCUGGUAAGAGCUGCAACUUUAUAUUGAAAAGCACCUACAAUGUUAUUUGUAUUGUUUGAAGUUUCAUCUCGGUAACGUCUCUCACCUCGGUAAUGUAUCACAAACUUCGAAGAAAUGAGUGGAAAUUAUCAACAUGAUCAAGAAAAUAAUACAGAACUCCAACUUUGAUUCGAGAACAACAUUAAUAAUACUUAUGGUAUUUUAACUAACUUUUGUCUCUUACUUUAUUUUUAUUAAUUAUAGAUAAUGCGUUUCAUCUACGACUUAAUAUGUUUUCAAAUACACAUUUAAUAUCAUACAAUG